UGAAUGAAAAGAUUUACCUAAAUUUUAUUCAUUAAUUAAACUUGAUAACUCUUUUAAAAUACUUAAAUACAUACUAAAUUUACUUUAUAAGCUAUUUAAAAUAAGUAGUGACUGAUUAUAUAUAAUGUCGACACCACCAAGAGAAACAAUACAGAAACAAAUCCAGCAGGAUUGGGCCAACAGAGAAUACAUAGAAGUGAUCACAGGCAGCAUAAAAAAAAUUACCGACUUCCUCAAUUCGUUCGACAUGUCCUGUAGAUCUCGCCUUGCCACUUUGAAUGAAAAAUUAACAUCAUUAGAGAGGAAGAUUGAUUAUUUGGAAGCUUGUGUAACGAAAGGUGAAACCUUAACAUGAAGUAAUCUUUGAUAAAUUCUAUAUAAUUAUAAGCGUUAGACAUAAGUUCAAUACUGUAGUAAUCACUGAACAAUCUCUACUCUCCAGUAUAACAAAACUGCAAUAAAAAUUUGGAUAUUAAAAGUACAUAAUAUAUAUCAAACUACUUUGAAGCAAUGUUAAAAAAUAUAUUAUUAUCAAGAACUGAUAUAGGUAAGGUGUGUUUAAAUUAUUGAAGCCACUGCUUUGGUCAUGAUGAGAUUAGUAUUAAGAGGCGAAAGAGGAAGAGAAAACUCUGUGGCAAGAAUUAAUAAAAAUGGAAUUUCUCAUGUUUUCUUCUCCGCUAUCUUAUUCUUUCUUUUAUGUUCCAUUUCUGUCACUUUCCACUGAAUUACUCAAGUGUGUUUAUACACGUUUUGUAUAUGUAUAAAUUUUAUAUAUUAAAGUUUACCAAAAUCAGCACAUUCCAUUUGCAAAAUUAGCUUUGUUGCUGAUUCUUUCACCAAGAAAACAAGUUAAAUAUAUAAAGAAGAAAUGUCAAUUGUAUUAGACUGAAAAUGCAUAAAACAAAGUGGUUCUCUUUCUAGAAAUUUAAAAAUAACUAACUGUAACCAAUUUCGCGGAGAGUUGAUGAUGAUUGCCUGUAUCCCGGUAGUGUAUUUGACUACAGACUCAAAGUAGAAGGGGACGGACGAAAAACUGAAACAUAAAUCUGGAAGUACAUUCGAGUGCACAUGUCUGAUGUUUGGAGAAGGAUUCAAUAGAUUCUUACUGCUUUUUUUUUCCUACCUAAGCUGAUAGCCUUGAGAGGCUAUAUCAGCGGAACCUUAACAAGUAGGUGAGCUCACGGGGCUCAAACCU